AUGGAUUUUAACUUCAAAAAAAUUGCGAGCGAGGCGGGCGGCUUCUUCAGUCGUGCGAAGCAGUACACGGAGGAGACGUUUUUGAAAGCAGAACGUACCGACCUUGAUCCGCACUUUGAAAAUUUGUUACAAAGAGCAGACAAAACUGAGGAACACACUCGAAGGCUGCUGUCAUGUAUAGAAAGCUAUCUGCAGCCAAAUCCAACCAUUCGGAUGGAGGAGGUGUUCUAUGAAAAGCUGGAACUAAAGAAGGACCAUGCUGGUCGAUUGAAUAAUUUGGAAUUAAUGGCGCAGGCGAUGAGCGAUGCUGGAGAGGAGUUUGGCUCAACAGCACCAUACGGAAGUGCUCUUGUGAAAAUAGCCCAAACUGAGCAAAAACUGGGGCAGGCUGAGCGAGAAUUUGUAACUUCAUCUGCUAGUCAAACUCUUCUUCCCAUUCGCCGAUUUUUAGAAGGCGACAUGAAAACUAUUCAGAAAGAACGCAAGGUAUUGAACAGCAAGCGCUUGGACUUGGACGCAUGCAAAAGCCGUCUUAGAAAAGCAAAGACUGUGGAAAGCCAAGCCACCGCUAAUAGUAGAAGCAGUGGGAAUUUUACUGUUGAACAGAUCACCAAGCUGUUGCUGGAGGGUAUCCAAACAGCUCAUAACAAUCAACUAAAGUGUUUGCGAGAUUUUGUUGACCUUCAAAUGUCCUACUUCGCCCAAGCCCAUCAAAUGUUGGCCGAUCUUCAGCGGGAGUUAAGCGGAACAUUAACAUUCCGGGGAUCAUCAGCAGUUUUGGUAACCGCAAAUACAGGAUCUAUCCCUACUUCAACAAAUUCAACCUCUACUCCACCAAAGGUCAAAUACUUCCAUGCAUUCUAUAAUAGCAGGCACUAUUUUGUUCAAAAGUUCAGCAGCUAUCCUUCUACGGGAAGUGGCAAACCAUUCGAUAUCGCAGAUGUUGGGACAAAACAAGCUCGUGUAAUUCUGGACUAUGAUGCAGUUCUUCCUCAAGAGAUGAGUGUUCGACAAAACGAUGUACUCAUUGUCUAUCGCUUGCCUGGACUUGACCCAGACUACGUGAUGGCCGAAAAGGGCGGUGUUCGGGGGCGAGUGCCAGUCUCCUUCCUUGAACUGAUAUAA